AAACGACCUUUAAUGGGGCGAUAAAGUCAUACGGUAGUUUCCCAUACUAUUUUUCUCUCAGGCGAAAUCGUAUCGACCGCGUAUAUACUGACUACAAAGAGACUUUUUUUUUUUUUUUUCGUGGAACGAAGAUCGUCCAACACCAUGGCAAGCCUCUAUAGAGGCCAAUCGAGGAAAGAUAUUAAGCCUAGAGGACGUCAUCAUGGGUUAACUCAACAGAAGCGGCAAGAGAUAAAAGAAGCAUUUGAUCUGUUUGACACGGAUGGCUCAGGAACUAUUGAUGCCAAGGAGCUAAACAUUGCAAUGAGGGCUCUGGGUUUUGAAAUGACAGAAGAGCAAAUAAAUCAAAUGAUUGCUGAUGUAGACAAGGAUGGCAGUGGUGCAAUUGAUUUUGAUGAAUUUGUGCACAUGAUGACAGCCAAGAUUGGAGAAAGGGAUACCAAAGAAGAGCUUAUGAAAGCAUUUCAAAUUAUUGACCAAGAUAACAAUGGAAUGAUAUCUGCUGCAGACAUUAAGCGUAUUUCAAAGGAAUUGGGUGAGCACUUUGAAGACUGGGAAAUUAAAGAGAUGAUUGAGGCAGCAGACCGUGAUCGUGAUGGAGAAGUUAGUGUUGAGGACUUUAUGAGGAUGAUGAGAGGAACUUCCUAUGGACAUUAGAAUUAAAUUGAACUUCUGUAUAUUGUUGCAAACACUAAUCCGUGAAGAUGUUCUUGUUCUUGGUUCUGUUUUUAUUUCCGUGAAGAUGUUCUAUUUCGACAUGGUUCACGAAUAUGAAAAGAAUAUGUAAUGGGUUAUGAGUGCUGGAUGACAUGGACAAGAUUACUUAAGCUUUAAUUUUCGUUUCGUGGAA